AUGACUCUUCAGAAGGACAAGCGUGCUCGUGCAAAGGCGAACGCACACGAAGCUGGUGAGGAGACAUCAAACGCGAGAUCUAAAUUAAAGGGGAGAACCCCCAAGGUGUUCAAUGCCAAUGAUUCCGGCCAUGAGUCAGAUGGAAAUUCUGCCCUUCGAAGAGUUGAAGAAGCUGAACAGUCUCAGAAGAACACUGGCCACCGCGGUCCUCAAAAUCAGAGUAUGAUUCACUAUCAUGACCCUGUUCCAACGAAAGACAAGUCCACAGGGAAACUACGAUGGUUGUUCAGCUGUAAAUUUUGCAAUAGUCAUGUUCGAAGCGUCCGGACUGUUGAUCGUACAGUGAAAGGGAAAGACCCGAAAUGGGAGGAUGAGCCCAAGCUGCCAAAGAUGAACAAUCUUGUGAGCCACCUCAAAGAAUGCAAAGUCAAAAACUCACCGGAAGAUAGCAUUGACAGCGGUGAUGAGGGCACCUCCAUAAAUUCCAAGUUUAACCUCAAGAGAAGUGCGGAUAUGAUAGGAGAGUACAUAAAGGAGGGUGAGAAGAAUCCGCAGGUUAUUCUGACACAGAAGGGGUUCUUACAUCUUUUUUCGGCCUGGAUCCUUGAUGAAAGUCUUCCUUGGACGACCGGAGAAUCUCCAAGCCUUGCUGCCCUGUUUAAGUAUCUGAAGAUCACAUUCAACCUUCCAUCCGACACAACAGUACACAAUCAGCUUGCUCACAUCUUUCAUGAUUUGCACACAAAAGUCGUUCAUGAGUUCUCGGAAGUGAAAUCGAGGAUCUCCUAUUCAGCCGAUACAUGGACCACACCUCAGAUGGUCUACUCGUUUGCCUGUAGUAUUGCGCACUGUAUUGAUGAUGACUGGAAUUUGAUUGAACGGGUUGUUGACUUUCUCCAACUCGAGGACAAGGAGCACGAGGGCUUCUAUGCGGUGCUCGAUGGCAGCCCGCUCGCUAUCUACAAACACGUACACUACGCGGCCUGGGUACUAAGUGAACUACUAAAAGACGUCUGCCCCCCCAACCACGAGCCUUAUGGCUCAAACGCCUAA